AUGGCCUCGUCCACCGGCAACAUCGUCGUUGAAUGGUUGCGAUCUCUCCACUUGGGCCAAUAUGCGGAGAGUUUCAUAGACAAUGGUUAUGACGAUUUAGAAAUAUGUAAGCAAGUUGGAGAGCCUGAUUUGGACGCAAUCGGGGUCCUCAAUCCUGCACAUCGUCAAAGAUUGUUGCAUUCCGUUCGAACUUUGAGAGAGGAGGGUGCAGCUGCUGUUUACUUCACAUUAGAAGAAGCUGCCGCUGCUCGAGACUCAUGCCGUUGUGAGGAGGAGGCGAGAAAGGAACAGGCAGCAGCUGCAGUGGAACCAGCGAAAUAUGCGGAUGAGUACGAGGAAGGCAAAGCGGAGUUAGUGAAGAUACCCCGUAUGCAAUUGAAGCGAUUACUUCGUGAACGUCUCGCUCAGGAUGGAAUCCGGCUGAGCCUGCAGCCUUAUUCUACUACGGAUGGGGAUCGAGGUUACUUAGAAGGUCUAGCGUCUCGUUACGCGGAUCUUUUCUCGACACAUUAUGGAGAUGUUCUCGACCACUUGGAAGAGUUAAGGAGACAUGAGUGGGAAGAGAUGUCGCCAAGAAUGAGAGUGCUCGGGGGUCCAGGCACUCCGCAGACUCCACCAUCGGCCAGCCCUGGAUCGUUAGCCUUGAACAAUCUGACCACGUCGCAUUCGCAGCCUAUUUAUGUGCCUGGAAAAUAUUCGCCUUCAAGUUGCCUCACAGAUAAAGAAGAAGAUGAGAUAUACGGCUUCGGGUACGGCGUAUUCGGUAAACAAAUGUUGCAACGGCAACAACAACAGAAACAGUUGCUGUUGGCUCAACCUACGCAACCACUUAUUCACAACCAACAACACAACUAUCAGAGUUGUCUGAGUCCGCGAUCGGCCUAUUUCUACGAAUUUCCCCCUAGUGUUUUGCCGACAGAUAAUUGCCUUGGUACGGCGAAAAAGAAAGUGACGACUUUCUCAAGACUGCUACGAGGUUUGAAGUCCCAUAGAAAAGAGAAACACGGAUCAUGUUUGCCUAAGCACACACACAGUCCAAGACAAGCACUACCACCGCAAAGGGUGGACACACCGGACAGCGUUCUUCAAAGUGGUCUGGGUCUUGGUCCCGGCCCGGACACUGCCUUGAGGUCUAUGGUCGAUCCCAGGGAUUAUGACCGCCUCCGCUUCUUACAAAUGACUGCCGCCCAACCAAACACCUUCGAAGAAACUAUACAUAGGUUAAAAGUCCAGGAGGCAAUGAAGAAAAAGGAUAAAUUAGCAAGAGAACAAGAAGAGAUAUUGCGGGAUAUAAGACAUGGUCUUAUGAAUAUGGGAAGGGAUGGUGUCCGAGGACCUUUCGGAGACGACACAUACAUGUAUGACGAUGAAGCAAGAGGUCUUACGGGGAGAGGUCACUGGUAUGAUGAACCGCCCUACGAGAGUGACCCAGAGGAUUUUCUAAUGGGUGGUGGAACACCAGCAGCACAGUUUCAGAACGGAAGAGUUUGUUUCACACUUAAUCUCCGAAACGAGCCUAGAGGUGAAGGUGUUAUAUCAUUAAGAAGCGCAGGCGACAUUAGUUUAGCGAGAGCCCCUCGAAGAGGAUUAAUAAUUCCACAAAGCGGUCCCUAUCCAACCACUGUUAUCCCUUUACGCACAGCGAGAGAUCGAGAAAGCGGGGAUUACGCUGCAUCUGACAUUCAAUCUAUAGGCUCUAGACUGUCGGGCAUUUCGUUAGAAUCGAGCAGAUCGGAACGAGAUUCGCGCAGGGGUUACAGGCAAAUGUCGGGAUAUCGGAUAGGCGCCGAUCCAUUAUCACCAGCCUCUUCAGAUUAUGAAGAUCAAGAAAGUGAAACUGAUUCACAGCAUAUAGCAACAGUACAUCAGUCAGCUGAAGAAUGUGAUGGAGUAUCAAAUCUAGCUGGAAAAGUACGAGGUCUUAGACAAGAUGUUCAAAGAAAAAUAUCAAGAUUAAGACAAGAAAGAGGUCCCGAAAGCACCGACAGGCGGACAAGUGGCGACCAAGCAUUCCCUUGUUCUAAUAGUUCUUUCGAAAGUCUUCCAAGCGGAUCAGGCAGUAGCACACAAGCUUUGGUUCGCGCUGGUAGUAAUCACUCAUCUCUCUCGGCAGAAGAAAACAUAGAAUUAAGUCCAGCCGGGCGGAGUUUACUCGUGCCACAAAUGCUGUGUAGAGCUCGAGCACUCAUCGAUUAUAUACCCAAUAUUUAUGAAAAGGACGCCCUAAGAUACAAGAAAGGAGACAUCAUAGAAGUGGUGAACAUGAACGCAUCUGGUAUCUGGCGUGGAGUACUCAAUAACAAAGUCGGAAAUUUUAAAUUCGCUAAUGUCGAAGUCUUAUCUGAUAGAGAAACAAUUCGAUCACGAUCGUCAAAAUGGUGCAAAAGUCGCGAAAGACUAUGGGAAACAAGACCAAGAACAGUUGAAGAAUUAUUGAGAAGGAUAGACUUGCCUGAAUAUACGGUGGCGUUUUCUAGAAAUGGGUAUGAAGACAUAGAACUUUUCAAAGAAAUUGAACCAUCGGAUUUGGACUACUUAGGAAUAAUGACACCUGACCAUCGAACUCGUAUCCUUGCUGCUGUACAACUCCUGCAUAAACUAGAAUGUGGAGAAGCUGAUGGCGAGGGCGAAGGCGGUGGAUCAAGUUCCGAAGGCGGAGAAUCACCGUUUGGUAGACGCCAAUUUCCUAGAGAUUCUGGGUGCUAUGAGGCUGGUGUUGGUGUCGGUGGAGUCCGCGUUAGAACUUCACCGUUAGUUCAUAGAGCUGACGAACCUACUCACAGGCCACCGGAACCGGCACCACAAGCAAAAAGGUCUGUCCGUCGACGACAACCCGAUGAUGUAGAGUGUGAUAGAAUUGAACGUUAUCCUGGCACUGUUGGAGAAAGAACGGUCGCACGUUCUGGUGGGUUACCAGGUGGUGCGAGAGAUGAUAGUUGCGAGUCUGAUCAUAGAUUAAAUGUGGUUAAAUUUGUAGCUGGAGGUGAGCCUUGUGCAUCGGAAAAGAGUAGUGACUCUGGUGUGAGUAGUUCAUCGUUGAGUUCAGCUCACCCUCACCGCCCCUGA